UCGAUCGCCGCCAGCGAAGUAAUUGGUGACAAUUUCAAGAAUGUUACGUCAAGGUGUCGAGAGUUGCAUAGGUUAUUGACGUUCCUUUGAGAAAUUGGAAUCUUCGGGCGGAAGAAUCGCUUAAAAGAGCGUCCGCGGUCUAACUUACUGAGGAAAAAUGACAACUGCGUUAUAUUUAGAACAUUAUUUAGAUAGUUUGGAACAUUUGCCGAUCGAGUUGCAAAGAAAUUUCACAUUAAUGCGCGAUUUAGAUGCGAGAGCACAGGGUCUUAUGAAAGAAAUUGAUAAGCUGGCUGAUGAUUACUUACGGAACAUGAAGAAGGAAACAGCUGAGAAGAAGAAGGAGCAGUUGAGUCAUAUACAAAGUCUUUUCAAUAAAGCUAAAGAAUAUGGGGAUGACAAGGUUCAAUUGGCUAUACAGACCUACGAACUUGUGGAUAAACACAUAAGAAGGUUAGAUUCAGACUUGGCGAGAUUUGAGGCUGAAAUACAGGACAAGGCACUAAAUAGCGGAAGGGCUCAGGAAGAGGGCAAUGCAAGCAAAAAAGGUAGAAAGAAACUGAAAGAAAAAGAAAAACGAAAGAAAGGAACUGCUGGAGCAAGUAGCGAAGAUGAAUCAAAGAGUGCUCGAAAGAAGCAAAAGAAAGGUGGUUCUACAACUUCUACGACAGCAAGCGGAGCUAUUGGCAGUGGAGCACAGGCUGAUGGUGGUACAUUAGGACAUCCAGCAGAUGUUCUGGAUAUGCCAGUUGAUCCAAACGAACCUACCUACUGUUUGUGUCACCAAGUUUCAUAUGGUGAAAUGAUUGGAUGUGAUAAUCCAGAUUGUCCGAUCGAGUGGUUCCACUUUGCCUGUGUUGGUCUAACUACAAAACCCAAAGGUAAAUGGUAUUGUCCAAAAUGUACGCAAGAUCGAAAAAAGAAGUAAAUAAAUAACAGAUGAAGAUCAUCAAUCGUCUUAGCGAAAGCCAGUCUUUCCAGUAUGCUACUUCUGAAAGUAGUUUGUUACCUUUUUGUGCUCUGCCAUGUAAGGCAAUCGAACUACGUAAAAACUAUGAGAGUUUAUACAAGUAUUUAAUAACUGCAUCUUCAUUGCAUUAUAAAACUAAUGGUCGCGGGAGCAAUGUAUCUAAAGGUACAGAAAAAAGAACAAACUUUAUACAUUUAUGUUGUAUGAAGUAUACAACAAGGUGAUAAAAAUUCAAGUUAAUAUAUUAAUUUAUUUAAGGUCAGUUUCUCGGAGAAUGUACCAUUGAAUUAGUGGUAAUGAGUAAAUAAUCAGGAACUAUGAUUGGUCUUGUAUGUUAGUUAGCUGUCUCAAAGUACAACAAUAAUUCUCUUCAAAAGAAUCAGUCUUUAACGUUGUAUAGAGGCUUACCGUUAAUUUUAGGUGUAAUGAAGACACAGUGGUCUCGGCUUAUCACAGAGAACAAGAAUUUUGAGAAUUGGCCAUCCGUUUAAUUCCCUUUAAAUCUUAUUUUAAAUAUCUCGUUCUAGUAAUUUAUUAUCCUCUUGACAUCGAACAAGGUUUUUACACUUUUUAUACUAAUUUAUGUGGCCGGUUUUUGAAUGUCUGUGAUCUGCCGUAUGCGUAGUUGUGGAAUAUUCUCCCACUGAGUAAUAAAGAACUACGAAUAACAUUAUAUUCUCUGACUAUACUAGUUAAUUACUGAUUUUAUAUUUUACGAUUGUAUAGUGGUAUCGGUUAGCAUAGGCAACUUUUGCUACCGGCAAACUAUGUAAUAUAAGUACAUUAUAAUGGUUAAUAUCAAAUAUAUUUGGUUUACAGGA